AUGGUUGGUGGUGUCGGCACGAACGACACUUUCGUUGACAGCGAAACCGCGUUGGCGCUCAGUGUUCUCAAGCAGAUCCCAGCUGAUGAAUCAUCUGUUAUAUCGCCAGUUUCGAUUUCUCUCGCUCUUGCACUUCUUCAUGCUGGGGCCAAUGGGGAAACAAAAGACCAAAUCAACAAAGUACUUGUCAACGGUGGCGACGAUUCUGACUUGAAAAGCAACUAUGGAAAACUCGCGGCAGCUGCUAAAAAUUCCGAAAAUGGCGUGAUUGUGAAUAUUGUAAAUCGCUUGUUCACCGAAGAAUUCGCAAAUAUGAAUGAAAAAGAAAUCGAGUUGAAAUUUUUCGAGGUUUUCAGUGGAAACGUUUCAUUGAAUGCAAAGUUCAUUGAUGACAUCCGUUUGAAUUAUCAAGCUGGCGCACAAGCGGUCAAUUUCGAAGAACGCGAGCAAGCCGCUGCGGCCAUCAACGAUUUCGCCGAUACGACAACCAGUGGAAAAAUCAAGAAGCUUGUGAGCCCUGAUGAUAUGAAAGAUGCUAUUGCCUUCUUGGUCAAUGCCGUUUACUUCCAAGCUGAAUGGUUGGAGAAGUUUGACAAAAACUCAUCAAUGGAGUUGGAGUUUGAAUCUAAUGAGAAUUCCUCAAGGAAAAUUGAGUUCCUGAAUGACUAUGGAGUUGAUCGCGGUUAUGCUGAGAAUGACCUCUUCCAGCUCUUAUCUCUUCCAUAUGCUGACACCUCUUUCAGCUUUGUCAUCUUCCUGCCAAAGGAAAAGUUCGCGUUGAAGGCUGCUCUUGAUACCGACCUUAAGGAAUGUUUGGAAGCUGUCGGCCUCACUAAGGUCUUCUCUGAUGAUGCCAAUUUUUCGAAUAUUGCUAGCAACGCCAAAAUCACUUCGGGAAUCCAUAAAGCAGUCAUCGAGGUCGAUGAAGAUGGUACCACUGCUGCCGCCGCUUCAGCUUUUAAAGCAAGCUUGGAAUGCAUGCAAGAAACAAUCGACUUCACCGCCAAUCAUCCAUUCCUAUUCGCUCUGGUUAAGGAGAAGCACAUUUUCUUCCUCGGAAUCCAUGCUUAA